AUGGUACAGAAACUGCCUGGCCAAGACUUUCAAGUUGUGCAAGCUGGCGACGCAAAGUUAUACGACGUCCAGCCAUUCGGCAAAACCCACCAGGCAGUGCUGGUAAAUAAUUCAGCCGAAGCGCUGAAAGAGACUGGUCUUUUUGAUCCAACAAUCGAAACAAAGCCAUCCGGCAAGCUGAAGAAGAAGAACAAGCAGAAAACCACUGGUCUUGCUUCGUCAAACGCCAAGACUUCUGACGCAGACCAGGCAGAAGUUGCGGAAACGGCCUCUGCAGCCCUUGCGUCAGUACCCUCUGUCAAUUUGACGAACGUUCGACUCGCUUUGGGUGUUUUUGCGGAUGGGUGUGCUCGUUCGGCACCCUCCGACGACGAUCAUGUGUUUUUCGUCGACCAAAGCAACUACCGCAAGUAUUUCCCUCCUCUGCUGUGGCCCAUUUAUGAUGGACUGAGCACGAUACGACAGUCCCAGCCCCAAGAGCAGAAAUCCAAGUCCAAGUCCAAUUCCAAGAAGAAGCAAAUGGAGCAGGCAGACACAGCAAUGCAGCUUGAUGUCUCCGAGCUCGUGAAAACGGGUGGCAGCCAGAAGCAGCCGACUCGCAGCAAGCGGACGAACAAGUAG